GAAUGACAAGGUCAGGCCGAUUAGUUCUAUUGGGAUGAGGUGUUCUAUUUCCGUAAAAGAUAAAGUUUUUAUUUUUGUGCCUGCAAACUCCUACUUCGCUCCCCUUUUCCUGCUUGGUACAAAUCCUAAAACACAAUCAUCUCCCUUUGGCUCUUGUCUUCUGUGAAAUUGGAGAAUCAGAAUUGUUGCUUACCUCAUUUUAAAUCUUUGUCAUGCUUCGCACUUUGUAUGCUCGCAUUCCAUAUCCGUGAUCUAACUGUUAACGAUUCACGUGUUAUGCAUUGAUGGUAAUGGAUUAUUCAUGCGGCCUCGGUCCUCACUUGAGUGGGUCUCUCAAGCGCAGUAACAAUGUACGACGCUCUAUUUCAUCUUCAAAAUAUAUUGGGGGCAUUGAUUGGCAUUUACGCAAUCAAUUUACAGAGCAACUAAAAUGUUUGGAUCUUAAAUUAGAUAUUGAUUGUACUGUAGUUGCUGAAUUACAAGAUUUUUAUCGUCGUCGUGCUAGUGUUGAACAGGAUUACGCUGAUGCUCUAGCUAAACUUGCCAAUGGAUUAAAACAACGUCAUGUGAAUGAAACAUCAAAACGUCCACAUUGGGCUCCGUAUACAACAACUACUAUAUGGAAUACAUUGCUCGGUUCCACUUUACACUUAUCUGAAGCACAUGCCACCUUAUCUGAUAUUUUCUCGAAACAAAUGGUUCAGCGUUUAGCAGAUAUGGAUGAAGAUGCUGUUCGCUUGCAUAAACAGUGUCGUGAAAUGAUGUCUGCCUGUCAAGAUCGUGUUUUAGCCAAUACAACUAAACUUCAAGCCGAUCAACGUGAAUAUAUUAACCGACAAGCUGCAACACAAGAAGCUGAUCGAAUUCGUCGUCGUGCUGAAGAUAAAUUAGUGGCUGCUAAUCAAAAAGCUCGAAGUAAAGGUAAAGAUCCUGAUAAUAGUCAAAGAUCAAUGCGAGCACAAAAUGAAUAUGACUUGAAACAAGCAAAUUUUAUCAGUGCAUCUGUAGCAACAACUCGUGCUCGUAAUGAAUAUCUAAUUCAAUUAGCGGCUACAAAUCACAGUGUUCAACGCUAUUUCACACAAGAAGCACCGGAUAUAGUCGAUUGUCUUGUGUGCGGUUUUCAUAAUAGUUUAGCUCGAUCAGCAAUGAUGCAUUUGAGUUGUGAAGAAACAUUGAAAUCAUGUCAUGGUUCAAUUGUUGAAAUGUUGAAUAGAAAUAUUACAGCCCUCGAUUUACGACAGGAUAAAGCAUGCUUCUUCAAACGAAAUGAACAAGUGUAUACACGUCCUGGUCAAUUCACUUUUAUGCCAUCAAAAGAAGACAAUGAAGAUAAAAUUCGUGCAGAUGGUCCAUUGUACGAUGAACUUCAGACUACAGCUAACCAACUUAUGAGUAGUAUUGAAACACUUCGAGUGUCAACAGAUGAAACUUGGAAAACAUUGGAAGAGGUUGAGAAGAAGUUACUAGAAUUAAUCAAUCAGAAAGACUAUGAUGUUUCACGAUUAUUUUGUAUUGAAAAACCGCGUUCAAGACGUUCACUAGGUGGUGGUGGUGGGGCUAGUGGUGGAAGUAGUAUGGGUAGCAUUGGUGCUGGUUCUGUCACCUCUUCAUCAUCAUCUACCUCCCCAGGCGCAGGGAGUACUAUCAAUACAACACAUUCAAAUCAACAAGUUCAACUACCAUGGCUAAUCAAACCGGUGGAGUGGUCCUGGUGGGGGUGGGGUGGUUUACCAGCCCAGGAUGUUUCUAGUAAUACAUCACAAAUCAAUCAAUCAGUAUUAUCAUUUGGUGGGAAUGAUCCUACUCAAGCUGGUUUAUAUCUUAGCUUGAGAUCAUUAUUUCGUGAUGCUCGAAUUGAACAAGAAAAGUUUUACUUGGAUAGAUUUUCAUUCUAUACGCAAGAAAUGCAUAUUUGUCAACUGAUGCAAGUAAAACUCGCUCAAAUUCAAAAUGCACUAGCAUCUUCACAACCCGCUCACCAUGAAUCAACACCACACACAUCACCUUCUUUACAAAACCUAAAAUCUAUGCUUCGACAUGGAAUUCCUGUAUUACCAAAACUUCCAGGAUGUAAAGAUUUUGCUAAAAGUCCAAAAUCUCCAACAUCAAUAAAUUUUUAUGCGAAGACUGACAAUUCAUCGUCGUCGCCUCUUCCACCUCCACCGACUCCUUAUGGUUUACAUCAAGAUGUGCCUAGUUCACCGGUAAUUCCUUCAUCUCCAUCGUUUUCUAGUCGUACUGUAAGUCCAAACAGUCAAUCUGUAUUAGUUACUAAACAUCAACCACGUCGUGUACUACGUGUUCCAAAUGUUGGAAAGCCGAAACUUUUUGGUGGUACAAUCGAUGAAUAUGUGGAAGCUACUAAACAGCCUAUCCCUUGUAUUAUCCUAUCUUGCACACGUGUUAUUAAUGAAUUUGGAAUGCAUCAACAAGGUGUUUUUCGAGUUUCUGGUAGUCAAGCGGAGAUAAAUGAAUUUAAAGAUGCUUUUGAAAAUGGUGAUGAUCCUUUAAUUGGUAUUCAUGAACCAAGAGAUAUAAAUUCCACGGCUGGACUACUGAAAUUAUAUUUCCGGGAGCUAGGUGAACCACCAUUUCCCAAUACAAUCUUCUUGGAACUUAUAAAUAUAACACGUGAACGUUUAGAAUUAAAUGAAAUGAUUCAACGUUUGCGCCAUGUUAUUACUCAAAACUUAAGUCGACCGGUGUUUGUCGUGAUGAGAUAUUUAUUCGCAUUCUUAAACCAUGUAUCUGAAUAUUCUACAGAAAAUAUGAUGGAUGCCUACAAUUUGGCAAUAUGCUUUGGUCCAACUUUAAUGCCUGUACCCAGUGAAUACAACCAAGUCCAUUAUCAACCAAGUGUAAUUGAUUUGAUUAAAACAUUUAUUAUACAUCAUUCAGCUAUCUUUGAUCCUAUCCUACCUGGACCGGUGUAUAGCAAACAGAAGAGGAAGAAAGAUGUGCAUAAAUCUGUCACGAGUUUAGAUUCACAUCGAUUAUCACUUUCAUCUAGUAAUGUUGUAGAAAUUAGUUCAGAUAUUAAUGGUAAUAAGAAGAAGAACAAAGAAAAUGAUGAUCAUGAUCAUGAUUUAUUAAGAUCUUCAUCAGUGAAAAAGAAUUCUCGUAUUACGUCUAGAACACCGAUAGAAUCUGCUGUGAAACGUCAAUCAUCAACACGUGUAGAUAGUGUACAUGAAAAGGGGAUACCAUCAAAGGAAUGCAUUAAAUCAUCAAGUGUUGGCGAUCUCAUCGAUAAUGAGACAUCGUCCAAACCAGCCUCUCAAGUUAUUGAUGAAGGUGAGCCUGUUGGCGAUGAUGACUACAUAUUCGCUGAAGAUACACAGUCUAUAUCCGAUAGUGAAGAUUCUGAACCAGCUUAUACAUUAGCUGUAGCUCGUGCUGAUUUUACUGGAUCUAGUGAACGUGAAUUAUCAUUUCGUCAAGGUGAUGAAAUAUAUCUCUAUCGUCAAUUAAGUCAACAUUGGUGGGAAGGACAAUUAGCCUCAGAUAGCCAGGGUACACGUGGUCUUAUUCCACAUUUAUAUGUUGUACCAAAAGCAGCUUUAUUACAUCUUGCAGCAGCAGCAGCCGCCGCGGCAGCGACAGCAUCAACAACAUGUGAUAAUCCUGGUAAUACUGGAGAUAAUCAACUCUUAGAUGAAAUGAAUACAGAAAUUUCUAAACAAACGGAUAGUGGAAGCUUAAGUCACUUGGAUAAUGUUGAUGGUGACGGUGACGGUGAUGAUGAUGAUGACGAUGUCGAUAAUCAGGAGGUGGAUAACAAAAGUGUACCAGAUAAUGGAAGUAUGCUUAGUUGGAAUUGUGCUUCAGAAAGUUCAAAUGAACAAAUUCUUGCUGAUACUGGUGAUAAUACUGAUAAUAAUAACAAUAAUACCAAUGCUAAUAACAGUAAAGUACAACAUUUAUCAGAGUCUGAGAGAACAGUUGUUAUUACCAACCAAUCAAAUAAACAAGAGACAAUAGAGACGUCGAAAACUAACAGUGAAAAUACCACAGAGAAAGAUAUGAAAUCAGAUAACUGCAGUGAUAAUCAAAUUUCUGUGCCACAGACUACAGAGUCUGUUGACAAAAAAUGUCUACCAGAAGUUGGUGGUUAUACAGAUAAACUUUUAAUGAUGCAUCGAUUUAAUCAACGUUCUGCGCUUAGUUAUCCAGUCUGUGGACCUUUAGGUUCUGUUCCUGAAAAUGAUGUUAUAUCAGCUAGUGAAUUAAUGAAUCAAUCAUCUCCUACAUAUAACUCGAAUGGAGUAGUUGGUGGUGGUGGUCGACCUUCUCAUUCUGUGGUUGAAAGCGGCAGUUCUACACGAUUUUUAUUCAAUUCCGAUGUUGAUACAGCCUUAGAAGAAGUAAUGCGUGGUCUAGCCUCGUUGGAGCAAGCGGACAGUCGUAAUAGUGAUUCGAGAACUUUGGAACGCAAUCAAGAACUUACUCGUAAACUUUGUUUACCUAGUGCAAAACAUGCUCCAGAUUUGGUAAUGGAUCUUCCUGUAACAUCAGACUCUCAAGUACAAAACAAUACAUCAACCACUAGUGGUUUUACGCACAUAGAAUCAGGUGACAGUUUUGCUGAACAUUUCGCUGAACAAAAUUUGGAUACAAUGCGGAAGCGUUCUGAUGUUCAUGUAUUACCAUCUUCAUUGGCCUCCACCCGUUUUCCUACUGGUAGCAGUAGUACUACAAGUUGUGGAGAAUUAGGUAAAGUUGUUCUCCGUAGUAAAACUAGUCAUACAACAACACCAGCAACAACAACAGAAAUCUCCAGAACUUCACCAGGAUUAUCAAAAGGCAGUCCUAGUGAAGAGAAGAGUGAUUCACCGCAGACGAGUAAUACUGAGCUAACCAGUAGUAGUGGACCAAGACUUUCAAUAGCUGCUCGUGUUGCAGCUUUUGAAGGGAAUAAACCUGAUUCCCCUCGUUCUUCCAUAAAUUUUGCUCCAAAAAUAGCUCCUAAGCCUAAAAGAGGUUAA